GACUUGUGCCGGCUGCGAUAACAAUGGUCUGAUGUCAUGUCGGUGACCGUCGACCGCCCGUCAGUGUCAGCCCAAUCAUCGGUUAAGCAACAAGAAGAAGAAAUCAGGUCCAACGUUUUGUAUAUCAAAAGAAAAAGAACAAAUUCAUUUGGAUAUCGUAUGUAGUUAUAUUACUGUUUGACCUAUCGACAUUUCCAACAUUCGGCCCGGAGUAUAUUUGAACCCACAACGGAUUAUUAGAAUUAUUUUUAAACAAGAAACAAGACCAGCAACAACAGUGUUUCACCUUCUGAGUUGGUGCAAGAUUUUGCAGUGUGUAUAGCCGAUGACAUCGAAUAGCCUUGCCAUGACGAACCCACUCGGAAUUCGUCCUCUCCUUGGAGGCUAUCCUUUCCAAGGCCAGGGACGUGUUAACCAACUGGGCGGAGUGUUCAUCAACGGUCGUCCACUUCCGAAUCACAUCCGUUUGAAGAUCGUCGAAUUGGCGGCGGCGGGCGUUCGUCCGUGCGUCAUCUCACGGCAGUUGCGCGUGUCCCACGGAUGCGUUUCCAAGAUCCUCAAUCGCUAUCAAGAGACGGGCAGCAUCCGCCCCGGAGUCAUCGGCGGAUCGAAACCCAAAAGUAGUUCAUCAGGAUCUUCUGGAAGCACCACGCCGGCCGGCGGAAGCAAUGAGGUUGAACGCAAAAUGGACGAUUACCGACGGGACAACCCCAACAUCUUUUCAUGGGAAAUUCGCGAUCGUCUCAUUAAAGAUGGAAUAUGCGACAAAACAUCGGCACCGUCCGUCUCGUCCAUCAGCCGACUGUUGCGAGGAUCUCGCGGCGAAGGCCACGGAAGCGACGAUUGCGGCAGUAGCCUCGACGGAAUCAGCGCCGAUCCUCACCGUCCACAACAUGAUCACACCAUCAACGGUAUAUUAGCAGGCCGCUCGAGCGAAGAUGAAGAUUCAUCGGAUAUCGAAUCGGAGCCGGGCAUUGCGCUGAAGCGGAAACAGCGCCGCUCGCGGACCACCUUCAGCGCCGAUCAAUUGGAGGAACUGGAACGAGCAUUCGAGCGAUCGCAAUAUCCGGAUGUCUACACCAGAGAAGAAUUGGCUCAGAAGACUCGAUUAACAGAAGCCAGAGUUCAGGUAUGGUUCAGUAACCGACGUGCUAGAUGGCGCAAGCAUAUGGGAACGUCGCAACAUCAACAUCCCAAUUCAGGAGGAGGAGUCGGCCAGUCAUCGGGAUCGAGUAUAGGCUCCCUAGGUCUGCCUUAUCAGAGCCAACCGGCUGCUGCUUCCAGCCAAUAUAAUGCGGCUACAUCCGAAUCGGGUGGAACCAUGUCUGAUCGCUGUUGGCCGGAUCGCACGAGUGGCAGUAAUUUCCUGUUUCCGCAGUCGGCCAAUGCCGGAGGUGUGGCCAGUUCGGCUUUCAAUCCGGCUGAGUCUUUCGGGCAAUUAUUCGCUACCGCAGCGGCAGUUACACCUAGCGGCGGAUUGAGCAAUUACACUCCGACUUCUGCUUCCGCAUCGUCGGUUGGUGUGGAGUAUCCAUCGCAUCCGCAUCACCACUUGCCGUCGACCCUCAGCGAAACGGGCUGGAAUGCGGUGAAAUCGGGUGGAGCCGGAAGCGCCUCGAAUGCCAUCGGAAACGAAAUGCCUUGCUGGACUGCAGCCUCUUCUUCGUUCAACGGAUUCGACAACUACAAUGGCAUUGCUACUGGCGAAAUGUUCAUGGGCCAUCACCAUCACCAUCAGAGCUACGGCGAUGUUGGCAAAGCUGCGUCGGCCUCCUUUUCCUACGGCCACCAUCAUCACAAUCCGGCCGUUGUGGGUGUUUCUUCAGCUGCCGCAGCCGCCGUGGCCUAUCGGAACUAUAAUUUAGCCAAAGGAACCAGCGGAGCGGCAGCCUCAUUCGGAUUUUACUAGAAAAGUGACACAAAAUUAGAUAUUUGAAGGGCGGGAUUUCGAAAAAUUCUCAGGAAUGACGCUCAUAAACCAUUCAAAACGUAACUACUUGAUCUACAUAUUUACGAAUGCCUUAAAUAUGAUAUCACCUUAUCAAACAACUUACUAGUUCAUCGGGUUUUUUAAUGCUCCAGUGCUAAAACAUAACAAUGCCUUUUACGUUUUUCUAAUCUUCUCUCCUUCUUUUUUGUUUGUUUUUUGUUUUUUUUUAUUUCCAGCGAAAUACAGUACUUUUUAUGGCA